AUGCACGGCUCCUGCAACUGUGGCGUUGUCACUGUCGAGGCCAACAUUCCUCAAGAGGAGAAGCCAAAUGCCAUUGUCUGCCACUGCAAGAACUGCAAGAAGACAAGCGGUUCAGUUGGAGCAUGCAUCCUCAUCCUCCCUCUUGCAGAUCUCAGCAUCUCUGGACCGAUCAAGUCUUACGAAGACAAGCAGACAGACACUGGUCGCUCGGUCCAUCGACAUUUUUGUGAAAAUUGCGGCUCGCCAGUGUUUGGUUUACUCAAGGAGGUAUUCCCUGACAAAGCGUUCGUGAGGACAACGCUCUUCGAUGAGUUCGAAACCGCACCACCAACUCCAGCGUUGGAAUUGUACACCAAAGACCGCUGGGUGUGGAAUCAGCCAAUUCCCAAUGCCCACCAGGUUGAGACUCAGAUGUGA